GACAUGCUGACGCAGAUACAGGACACCAAAAUGGAUGUCGACAGUCCCGCCGCUGCGGUCGAGCAGCUGAAGGAGGCAAACGGAGAAAUCGACGAAUCGUUAUACAGCAGACAGCUCUACGUCCUGGGCCAUGAGGCCAUGAAGCGCAUGGGCUCAUCCAACAUCCUAGUUGUCGGCCUGCGCGGUCUCGGUGUUGAGAUUGCAAAGAACAUUGCCCUCGCAGGUGUCAAGAGCUUGACCCUCUACGACCCCAAGCCUGCUCAGAUCCAAGACCUGUCGUCACAGUUCUUCCUCCACCCCAACGACGUCGGCAAGCCGCGUGCCCAAGUCACCGUUCCUCGCGUUUCCGAACUCAACCCCUACACUCCUGUCAACCUCCUCAAGUCGACCUCUAUAACCGACGACCUCAGCCAGCUCAAGGACUUCCAGUGCAUUGUCCUCACCGAUACACCUCUGAAGGACCAGCUUCUUAUCUCAGACUAUUGCCACAACAAUGGCAUCUACCUGGUCAUUGCCGAUACCUUCGGUCUGUUCGGUACCAUCUUUACCGACUUUGGCAAGAACUUCACGAUCGGCGACUACAACGGCGAGAACCCUGUCAGCGGCAUCAUUGCAGACAUCGAUUCGGACGGCAUCGUCUCGGCUCUAGACGAAACAAGACACGGUCUGGAGGAUGGCGACUUUGUUACCUUCACCGAGGUCGAGGGUAUGGACGCCCUCAACGACUCCGCCCCUCGCAAGAUUACUGUCAAGGGCCCCUACACCUUCUCUAUCGGAGAUGUUUCUGGCCUUGGUGACUACAAGCGAGGAGGUCUCUACACUCAGGUCAAGAUGCCCAAGUUUCUGGAUUUCGAGCCUCUAAGCCAGCAGUUGAAGAAGCCCGAGUUGAUGAUGUCCGACUUUGCCAAGUUCGACCGUCCUGCUCAACUCCACGUUGGUUUCCAGGCUCUUCACGCUUUCAACGACAAGCACGGCCACUUCCCUAAGCCCCACAACGAACAGGAUGCUGCCGAGCUCCUCAAGCUCGCACAAGAGAUGGCAGGUUCUGGCGACGAGAAGAUUGAGCUGGACGAGAAGGUCAUUCGCGAAUUGUCAUACCAGGCUCAGGGCGACCUCAGUCCUAUGGCUGCUUUCUUCGGUGGUCUCGCUGCUCAAGAAGUUCUCAAAUCUGUCUCUGGAAAGUUCCACCCCAUCGUCCAGUGGCUCUACUUUGAUGCCCUGGAGGCCGUUCCCACCUCUGUCAAGCGUUCUGAAGAGCUUUGCAAGCCUACUGGUACUCGUUAUGAUGGUCAGAUCGCCGUCUUCGGUAAGGAGUUCCAGGAAAAGCUUGCAAACAACCAACAAUUCCUGGUCGGUGCUGGAGCCAUUGGCUGCGAGAUGCUAAAGAACUGGGCUAUGGUCGGUCUUGCAACUGGCCCCAAGGGAAAGAUUACCGUUACCGAUAUGGAUCAAAUUGAACGCAGCAACUUGAACAGACAAUUCCUCUUCAGAUCAAAGGAUGUUGGUCAACUCAAGAGCGAGUCUGCUACCAGAGCUGUUCAGGCCAUGAACCCCGACCUCCAGGGCAAGAUUGAGUCCAUGAAGGACCGUGUUGGUCAGGACACUGAGCAUCUGUUCAACGAGGACUUCUGGAAUGGUCUCGAUGGUGUGACCAACGCCCUUGACAAUGUUGAUGCUCGUACCUACGUCGACCGUAGAUGUGUCUUCUUCCAAAAGCCUCUCUUGGAUAGUGGCACUCUUGGUACCAAGGGCAAUACUCAGGUCGUUCUUCCUAGAAUCACCGAAUCCUACUCCAGCUCGCAAGAUCCUCCUGAGCAAUCUUUCCCUAUGUGUACUCUGCGCAGUUUCCCCAACCGCAUCGAGCACACUAUCGCUUGGGCCAAGGAUCUAUUCCACACAUACUUCGCUGGACCCGCCGAGAUUGUCAACGCAUACAUUACUCAGCCUGAUUACCUCGGUGCUGCACUCAAGCAGUCUGGCAACGAAAAGCAGACUCUCGAGACCUUGAAGGAAUUCUUGGUUACCGAUAAGCCUGAGACUUAUGAGGAUUGUGUCAAGUGGGCUAGAUCCCAGUUCGAGAAGCAGUACAACAAUGCUAUUCAGCAGCUUUUGUACAACUUCCCCAAGGACGCAAAGACAUCAAGUGGUCAGCCUUUCUGGUCGGGUCCCAAGCGUGCCCCCGACCCGUUGAAGUAUGACCCCAGCAACGACACUCACUUCACCUUCAUCCUUUCCGCUGCCAACCUUCACGCCUUCAACUACGGUAUCUCCCAGAAGGGUGUCAAAGACAAGGCUGAGAUUGACCAGCUCGUCGAUGACAUGAUCAUCGAGGACUUCAAACCUGACCCCGGUGUCAAGAUUCAGGCCAGUGAGAACGAGCCCGACCCCAACGGUCCUUCGGCAUCAAUGGAUGACAACGACGAGCUCGACAACAUUGCCAAGUCGCUGCCUUCGCCGAAGACUCUGGGCGGAUUCAAGUUGACCCCUGUUGAGUUUGAGAAGGAUGAUGACUCGAACUUCCACAUUGAUUUCAUCACCGCUGCCAGCAACUUGCGUGCUGAGAACUACAAGAUUGUGAACGCCGAUCGCCACAAGACCAAGUUUAUUGCAGGCAAGAUUAUUCCUGCCAUCGCAACCACUACCGCCUUGGUGACUGGUCUUGUGGUCCUUGAACUAUUCAAGAUCAUCGACGGCAAGGACGACAUUGAGCAGUACAAGAACGGCUUCAUCAACUUGGCCUUGCCCUUCUUCGGCUUCUCGGAGCCCAUCGCUUCGCCCAAGGGCAAAUACCAAGGCAAGAACGGUGAGGUUGUUAUUGACAAGCUCUGGGAUCGCUUCGACACCGACGACGUUACUUUGGAACAGUUCUUAAAGAACUUUGCCGACAAGGGUCUGGAGAUUACCAUGAUCAGUUCUGGAGUCAGCUUACUGUACGCUAGCUUCUACCCUGCUGCCAAGAACAAGGACAGGCUACCUCUCAAGCUGAGCGAACUUGUCGAGACCAUCAGCAAGAAGCCUAUCCCCGAGCACCAGAAGAAUGUCAUCUUUGAGAUCACUGCAGAGGACACUACGGAGGAAGACGUGGAGAUCCCUUAUGUCAGAUUAGUGCUUAAGAAGUAG